CGCAGCGGGCUCCAGGGUUUUGCGGCUCCAACGCGGAAAAAUAUCUGGCGCACUAAAAAUCCAGCGUCGUUUGUGCCCGGUGAAGGAACACAGCAGACCAGCACAGAUCUCUGGACUUUCCUGAACAUCUACGGGAGUAUCUGCAGAAGAGUCUGUGCUCAGAUCAAUCCGUCCCCUGUGAGACGCAAAGGGUUAAUCGAUCAACCAAACAACUGAGAUCAGGUGUCGUGGGAUCGAUUUGAAUGCCCAGCACACAAUUAGCCCACGCAUCACCAUGAACAGGAAUAAGCGUGAGAAAGAGUAUUACAGUAUAGAUGUUGGAGAUUCCACGUUCACUGUCCUGAAGCGCUACCAGAAUCUAAGACCCAUCGGCUCCGGGGCACAGGGCAUCGUCUGCUCGGCAUACGACCACAUCUUGGAGAAAAAUGUUGCUAUCAAGAAACUCAGUCGCCCCUUUCAGAACCAGACCCACGCCAAACGGGCGUACAGAGAACUGGUGCUCAUGAAGUGUGUCAACCACAAGAACAUAAUCGGACUCCUGAACGUUUUCACGCCACAGAAAACACUCGUAGAGUUCCAAGACGUUUACCUGGUCAUGGAGCUGAUGGACGCUAAUCUGUGCCAGGUGAUUCAGAUGGAGCUGGACCACGAGCGACUAUCCUAUCUGCUUUACCAGAUGCUCUGCGGCAUCAAACAUCUGCACGCAGCUGGAAUUAUACACAGGGACCUGAAGCCAAGUAACAUUGUGGUGAAAUCCGACUGCACGCUGAAGAUCCUGGAUUUUGGCUUGGCUCGCACAGCUGCCACUGGGCUCCUCAUGACCCCCUAUGUGGUGACACGCUACUACCGUGCACCAGAGGUCAUACUAGGCAUGGGGUACCAGGCGAACGUUGAUGUCUGGUCUGUUGGCUGCAUCAUGGCCGAAAUGGUCAGAGGCAGUGUGCUGUUUCCAGGCACCGAUCAUAUUGACCAGUGGAAUAAGGUGAUUGAGCAGUUAGGCACACCGUCUCAGGAGUUCAUGAUGAAGCUGAACCAGUCUGUAAGGACCUACGUGGAGAACAGACCCCGAUACGCAGGGUACAGCUUUGAGAAGCUUUUCCCCGAUGUUCUCUUCCCUGCUGACUCUGACCACAACAAGCUGAAAGCAAGCCAAGCUCGAGAUCUUCUGUCCAAAAUGCUGGUUAUAGACGCAUCCAAGCGGAUCUCUGUGGAUGAGGCCCUGCAACACCCCUACAUCAACGUGUGGUAUGAUCCAAGUGAAGUUGAAGCGCCUCCACCGUUGAUAACCGACAAGCAGCUGGAUGAGAGGGAACACACUGUAGACGAGUGGAAAGAGCUGAUAUAUAAAGAGGUGCUGGACUGGGAGGAACGCUCGAAAAAUGGCGUCAUCCGCGGACAGUCGGCUUCAGUAGCACAGGUGCAGCAGUGAAGAGCGCCUCCUAGCACAACUCCACAUCUUUACUCAUCCUCCGUGUCCACCAUCCUCGCAUUGUCCUCAGGGACAAAAAGCAGCUUGGAGACUUUGCGCUCCUCUUCCUCCAUCCGGGCCAGUUGGCUGCUGCAGUUGACCAUCACCCCGUUCUUCUCGCCUCCUCGACGUUCCUCCAUCUAUUUUUUUCUUUAAGACUAUUUCUUUUUUAGUCACAGGGAAAAAGUCCAGAGGAAGGUGGGAUUUAAUUUUUUAUUUUCCUUUUAGAGGCACCUUAAGAAGCUUUUAAACCAAACCAGCAUUACUUUGGUUGCUUUCUUUUUAUAAUGGGGACUCGAAUUUCAGGUCAGACUGAACCUAUAGCCGCAUCUCCUCCACAUUCAAUUGUGCGGUAAACUUUGAAAUGGGUUGAAGAUGCUUUGAAUAUCAAGAUCGCCAUGAGUUUAGCAGAGUGGCAUUCCUCGUAAAAGUCUCGGCUCUUCUAUUCUGGGACUAACUUCGAGUUUUUCGAGAAUUUCCAGAAUGCCUGUUCGAUACGCAAAAACUUUGUCACGACGUAACGCCGAGAUCAGGUCAUAACGCGUUUAUUCAGCUCUUUCACAACGAUUUUACGACGGCUUAUUUAUGAUAGGCAUUUUAACCUACUUUAACAUGUCCUCUCUUUCUUCUUCUUUUUCUUUUUUCGCGGUUGAUUUUGCGACUUUAUCGACGCCAUUGUGUUCCACAGAGGCCUCUGUAUGUGAUUUAUACUGUGCAGGGUUCGAGGUUAUAAUCGAAACGACAGUAAAGGGUAAAUUAAAGAUGAUGAUGAUGAUGAUGAUAAUUAGCGGUCUUUAGCGCUUUGUACAGCUUGGCCCCCGGAAUGCCAUAAGGCUCAUGUCAGGGUUAUUUACAAAAUUUUUUCUUAUGGUAAAUAUUAGACAAUUUGUGAAACCAUAUUUACAAUUUAAGGUCAUAUCGCUAAAUGACACAAUGCAUUCUGGGUAUUCGGUGCCAGCUAGAAGGUAAACACGAUCGAUUGCGGUGCAUUAUGGGACUUUGAGAGUGCACUGGGAGUUUACACUGGGAGAUUCCAGUGAAGCGUACGAAUAGAUGAGAAGUUCUGAGAAGAAGAUGGCGAAGGAAUAAUGUAGGAUCAGACUAAUACAGUUAAUACCUUGGUACUCUUCGGGAAUUCUUUCCAGAACUCGUGCUGAAACUGACGAGUUCCCGAACAAGUCUUUUUUUAACAAAAUGCAGUUCUAUACUGUAUAAAGAAAAUGCUUAAAGGCAUGAUUUAGGCUUAAAAUGCACAGAAAGAAAAGAGGACGCCAUGACACCGUUCAGACUCUUCAUGCAUGUGUUUUACCACGAGACUAAAGCGCUCAUGUGACGAGUACCAGGGUAUUACUGUAUUUCAUCGCUCACAUAUCAUUAUUCAAAUCCGCCAUCAGUGUAACCUCUGGAUGCUAUCGUUACUGCGAUUUUUAUUUAUUUUUUAUUUUUUUAAACAAUAACCUGAAUAUUCACACCUCCAUUAACCCCCGUUCACGCCAGUCAAGCCGACAGUGACGUGAGCAGCACGAACAUCAGCCGGGGAAUAGAAAAAGACUAAAAUUAAUAUUCCUAAUAAACGUGAAAAGAAGACACUGUAGUUGUAGACAUUACGUGGAGGGUUUGUUAAGGUUGAAUAAAAUCUGUAUAUAAUGUUAGUUAAGGAACUCUUUCAAGAAAGUGUUACCAUGAUCCUUUUUUUCUUGUGAAGGUGAAUAGGUUUGAUGUUUUUUUCAGCACAACUCCCCCGAAGCGUUUCUUGCCCCUCGUUUGGUAACUUGGCACCAGGUCGAUGUGAUCUGCAGCUCGAGCUGUAGCGAAGUUGAAUCCUAAACCUGGAGUUCUUUUCAUGUCUCUUAUGAAAGUGCCUGUCAUUCGUUUGCAGAGAAAAAAAAUCUUGGAAGAACAGAUUAUGGUUUCGUUUGAUGUUCGGAUUGUGUUUUUUAAAUUUUUUUUAUGUAGUGCGAUCGAUUUGAAAUGAUGGAUGGGUAGAUGAAGUGAUGGAUGGGUAGAUGAAGUGAUGGAUGGAUGGCGUGAUAAAGGGAUGGAAGCAGAACGUAUCGAUGUAGUUUGUGAACGAUGACUAUCCAUUUGGUAGGUUUGAAGAAAAGCUCAUGUCCAUGUGGUGCUGAAGGUCUUCAGUCUUGUUCCAGAAUGUAAAAACGUUCUUGAUGGUUCACGUACGUGGUGACUGACAGGAAGUACCGAAUACAGGAAACGAUGUGAAGCGGCCAGCUGGCGAAUUCUCCGCCUCGUUAAUGGCGCAGGUUUCGAAGCGUUUUUUUUCCUGUUUGUUUGUUUUUGCAGUUAGAUUUCUGUUCUUUGUCACGUUUUUGUUCAAAGUGCUCUUAUAUUCCUUUGGCCAGCAUUUAAUCAUUUUCUUUUCUUUAUGAAUGAAAUUCGCUUUUUUUUUUUUUUAUUCUAAUGUGAUUAUGCAAUCGCAUUACAAACACCUUCUAAUCCUGAUUCAAGUACACCUUGAUCAACUACCUCACUCUAAAUUUCUACAACUUCCUGUAUUUUUUAGUUGCCCAUUAGGUAUCCGGGAUGUGCGCAUACAAAUUCCUUAUUUAUUUAUUUGAAAGUUUGUCGAUAGUUCGGGAAAAAAAAAAAAUGUCUAGUUUUGUACAGUAUGUAUAUUUCACGUAGUAAAAAGGACUGUAAUGUACAAUUUUUUUUUUUUUUUAUUUUUUUUUUUUUAUUUUAUUUUAAAAACAGUUCAUGUGCAAUACCCUCUGCUCUGUGUGCUUACUUGUAACUGUAUCUAGCUACAAUAUGUUAGCUGUGUGUUCCCCAAGGUAGAGAACUGUUAGGUACUGUCAAAUUCAGUUCACGUCAAAUUUCAGCUCGAAUGAAUGAAUUUAGAUUCUUUUAUUGUAACUUUUUUUUUUUUUAUUCAGUUCUUUAUUUUGUGUCACAAAAACUGAUGUGGAACUAGGCAGAGGUGUAUGAUGUACAUGGAUAAUGGAUUGUUUAAGGCUGAAAGACUUUAAAGUAAAAAAUAAAAUAAAAUCCCCAAAAGCCUACUGGUGUAAGCUGGGCUGUAAUUUUUGUGAGCAAUACUGGCAAUGCAAAAUCCUGACUCCGUGUGCUAAUUAUUGCAUAUGGACGUAACUCAGAAGUGCACUACUAGAAUAAAUGCACUGGGAACGCACCAAGCCAAUGUUUAAAAACAUGUACUGCAAAUAAAAUACUUCUGUUGGAAU